AUGGUUUCUUCGCCGGCUCUACCGCAACAAAUACCCUUCAUCUCCCGCAAAAACCACGCAAAUCCAAAAAUACAGAAACUUAACCAAUCCACCGCCGAGACUACCGUUUCAUGGACUUCUCGCAUCACUCUCCUCUCACGCAAUGGUCGAUUAGCAGAGGCAGUGAAGGAAUUCUCCGGUAUGAGACUCGCAGGCGUCGAGCCUAACCACAUCACUUUCAUUGCUCUACUCUCCGGAUGUGGCGAUUUUGCCUCCGGAAGUGAAGCCCUGGGAGAUUUGCUUCAUGGGUAUGCUUGUAAACUUGGUCUUGAUAGAAACCAUGUCAUGGUUGGCACCGCAAUUCUCGGCAUGUACUCCAAACGCGGUCGUUUCCGCAAGGCCAGAUUGGUUUUCGAUUACAUGGAAGAUAAAAACUCGGUUACUUGGAACACAAUGAUCGAUGGGUACAUGAGGAGUGGUCAGGUCGAUGAAGCUGUCAAGUUGUUCGACGAAAUGCCUGACCGAGACUUGAUUUCUUGGACAGCUAUGAUAAAUGGGUUUGUUAAGAAAGGCUUUCACGAGGAAGCUUUGGCAUGGUUCCGUGAGAUGCAGGUUUCUGGAGUAGAACCAGAUUACGUUGCUAUUAUUGCUGCUCUUGCCGCUUGCACAAACCUUGGUGCUCUCUCGUUCGGAUUGUGGGUACAUCGCUACGUCGUGAGUCAGGAUUUCAAGAACAAUGUCAGGGUGAGUAAUUCGCUGAUCGAUCUGUAUUGUCGAUGCGGGUGUGUGGAGUUUGCUCGACAAGUGUUUGACAAGAUGGAGAAACGAACCGUAGUUUCAUGGAACUCAGUCAUUGUUGGCUUUGCUGCUAACGGGCAUGCACAUGAAUCUUUGGUCUACUUCAGAAAAAUGCAAGAAGACGGGACUAAUGGGAACAAUACCGAGUUAGCAGAGAGGCUGAUGAAGCAUCUUAGCGAGCUUAAAGUGAAAAGCCAUUCGAAUUAUGUGAUUCUCUCGAACAUGUAUGCGGCUGAUGGAAAAUGGGAAGGAGCAAGUAAGAUGAGAAGGAAGAUGAAGGGUCUUGGUCUAAGGAAGCAGCCAGGGUUUAGUUCAAUAGAGAUUGAUGAUCGUAAGCAUGUGUUCAUGGCCGGUGACAGUGCCCAUGUCGAGACAGCAUAUAUCCGUGAGAUAGAAACCUAUGGAGGAGAGGGCAUUAGAUGUAUAGGUCCCAUGAAAACCACCGAAUUGAGAGGACUUUCCAAGGUUGUAGGUAAAAAGUCUUGGGUUGUGAAAGUUGCGCUGUAG